UGCUGAGGCUGAGCGUCGGGCGCUUCGCGUGCAGAUGAUAGGCGUGUGAGCGCGGGCCGCGGUUACUCUUCACUGGACACCCAUGGUGAAUUGCUCAUGGGGUCUGAACGGGUGAAGAUGGGGAAACGUCCACCGCAGGAUGCUGGAAAUGCCACCCAGGCACAGAAUACGCCCCCCAACAUGCUGGGAAGUGUGAAUACGCAGACCCUCGGCUGGCUCAACGCUCCACCAAACGCCUGCUGCUUCUGCUGGUGCUGCUGCUGUAGCUGCUCUUGUCUGACGGUACGAUCUGCUAAGGAGGAAAGGAUUCUGACGACAAUCUCAGAAAAACAAGACAAGGUCAAUAUUGACCACAUGCCUCAGCUCACAUUGGAGGAGGUGCGUUCUUGGGGAGAGUCUUUUGAGCGGUUAAUAAAGAACGCACAAGGCCGCACACAUUUCCAACAGUUUCUCAAGACUGAGUUUAGCGAAGAGAACCUGCUGUUCUGGCUCGCCUGUGAGGAACUGAAGAAAGAGACCAACAAAACUGUGGUAGAACAGACUGUGAAACAAAUAUAUGAGGACUACAUCUCUAUACUGUCACCUAAAGAGGUGAGCCUGGACUCGCGUGUGCGAGAAGUGAUCAACAGGAACAUGCAGGAACCUUCCUCGAGCACGUUUGAUGACGCGCAGCAGCAGAUCUACACGCUCAUGCAGCGAGACUCCUACCCACGAUAUAUGAACUCCAGUGUGUAUGCAGACCUCAUGACCAGCCUUGAACAACCCAACGACUCCUAACACACACAGGCACACAAGAUCUAGAAUUCAGAAACGGGUUUAAAGGAAUAGUUCAUCCUAAAAUUUAAAUUUGAUCAUUAUUACCCUCAAGUCAUUCCAAACCCUGUUGUAUGAUGUUAUUUUUUACCGUGGACCAUGCAUCUGUUGAUUACAUCUGUCAUGCUUCAAGAAGAGCAAGAAGAGUGAAAACAACAAUAUAAGUUGAUGUAAAUAAUGUCAACAUUUUCAUCUUUGAGUGAACUAUUCUUUUAAUACACUUCCCUAAAUCCCUAAUAGACUCCUGAAACACUUAAUAGUAUGUCAUUCAAAGUUUUAGCUAUUUAAAAAGUUGUUGCAUUUUUCAUAGUUUUUCUCAAAUGAAGAAUAUAUUCUGAUAUUUCUGCCUGUGCUGUGUCCAUGCACUUCAGAUGGCAGAACCGUAAUUGUGCCUUGCCUCACAGACUAGGAUAGGCUAGAAAAUGACACUGCUCAGAGUCAGACAAGUGUCAUUAAAGACUGGUGCUGUCAAUUAGUUUCAGAUUCGGUGAUUUACAAUUUCAAUGUGAAAUAAUCAAUACAAGUCUUACUCAUUCACACACCAACACAACACUGAAGUCCAU